AUGCCGGACGUGGAGCGCGAGAAGUGGUCGAACAAGAUCGAGUUCAUCCUCUCUUCCGUCGGCCUCUCCGUCGGCCUGGGCAACGUCUGGCGCUUUCCGUACGUGGCCUUCGAGAACGGCGGAGGGGCGUUCAUGGUGCCGUAUAUUGUGCUCAUGCUCGUCUUGGGUCGCCCCAUGUACUACUUGGAGCUCGUCCUGGGCCAAUUCGCCAGCAACGCACAGGCCAGGGCCUUCGGCGGAUUCCCUCUCGCCAAGGGCGUGGGCUGGGCCAUGGUGUACGCGUGCGCGUUCAUCAGCCUGUACUACAACGUGAUCCUGGGCUACGCGCUGCUCUACCUCGCCUAUUCCUUCCACGGGACGCUGCCCUGGACCAGCUGCGACUACUCCGAUUGGGCCGACAGCAACUGUUACAACCCUAGGCCGGGUGUCGUGCCGUGCCGGACGGUCGAGCCGCGUCUUCUGCGGCUGUACGCGGGGAAGAACUACACGGGGCCCGACGCGCACGCCAUCCUUCAAGGCUCCGACGUGGUGCUCGUGCCGCGGCAGGCGUACGAACUCCUCGCCAACUCCUGCACCCUGGCCACCCAGACGGCGCCCGAGCAGUUCUUCUAUCGCCAUGUGCUUGGACUGAGCAGCGGCAUCGAGGAGCUGGGCUCGCUACAGCCUCGGCUGGCCGGCGCUCUGGUCGUGUCGUGGUUGUGCGUGUACCUCUGCGUCUUCAAGGGAAUCAAGACGUCGGGAAAGGUGGUCUACGUGACGUCAGUGGCUCCGUUUCUCAUCCUGGGCAUGUUGUUUGUGCGCGGCAUCACUCUUCCGGGCGCUGCGGACGGAAUCCGGUUCUACCUGGUGCCCGACUGGUCCACCAUCAUGCGCGCAAAGGUGUGGAAGAACGCCGCCGAGCAGAUCUUCUACUCGCUAAGCCUCGCCGAGGGUAUGAUCAUCUGCUUCGGCGGAUUCAACGAAUUCAGGAACCGGCUUCACAAGGACGUGCUCGUUGUGGCGGCGGCCGACUUCGUGGUGAGCCUGAUGGGCGGCAUGGUGGUCUUCUCGGUGCUCGGGAACAUGGCGCACAACAUGGACGUGCCCGUCAGCGACGUCGUCUCUGCCGUUCUCGUCGGUGGAGUGCCUGCUGACGCCUUUCAAGGACGAGUUCCCGGCCCUGCGCUCGUACGGCCCGCUACUGUCGUUCGUCGUGUGCGCGCUGAUGUGCGUGUUCGGCAUGCCCAUGGCCAGUCGAGGGGGCCUCUACAUCCUGACCGUGAUGGACACCUACCUGGGAGGAUACCUGCUGCCAUGGAUCGGCCUCGCCGAGCUCCUCGUCGUCCUGCUCGGAUACGACGGCGAAGAAGAGAACGAAGAAGACUUGCGAAAAUGGCCGCAUAUCAACCAUCUUCCACGGCGCAACUCCGAGGAGAGUCAACGACGACAGAGCCGGAGGUGACACGUACUCCAGAGCUCGGCAACAAGGAUAGGCCCCCGGCGCAUGGUUCGUCCUCGAAGCUGGCCGGCGCACCAGACGUGCUCGAGGACGGUCGAGCUCUGUACCUGGGCACCCGCCGCCAGCAGGUGACGUCGGCCAUCUUCUUCCUGCUGCUCGUGGUCUCCUGGCUGGCCGUCGUCCUGACGCAUGCCACGGGGAAGCACUCUGGCGACGUCGCGGUCCGGCCGCCGCCGAGUCACAUGAGCGACUACCCUCUCCCUCCUGAUGGCGCGGACCGACUCUUCUCAGCGGCUGCUAACGAGACCAAAGGCAACGCGAGCGCGACGCCAACUGCGCAUCGCUCUAUAAGCGGGGCAACAAAGCAAACCAAGUCGACGGCUCGGCCGAGAAGAUCGUCCGCCACGACCUCUGCUUGGAGUCGCUUACAACUGUGGCGGCAGUCCUUACGGAACAGAACGGCAUCGGCUUCGUACUCCGGCCAAGAAAUGGAGAGUUCGUCCGAGCUCAAGAAGAACCUGUGGUGUGGCUACAACGGCAGCGACUCCCGGUUCAGGCCGCACCAUUUGCCCCUGCACUUGUGCUCUGCAGUGGUGCUCUGCUGCCUGCCCCUGACGGCGCCGGCCGGGGAACCGUCGGCCCCCAACCUCCGCUUUGCCGACUUCCUGAAAAUACAGGACACCAACAGGACCACGAGACCGAGUCUACUGGUGGCCCUGGGUGGUCCCCAACAGGAUGCCGGGGUGCUGCGCUCGCUAGCGCAGCGUGACCACGGCAACGCCUCCAAGAGGCUCGCCGUCCACGUGCUCCAUUUCGUCGAGUUCAACCGGCUCGACGGCGUGCUCCUCUACACGCUGCACUGUGGACCGGAUGAGGUAGCCAUCUACCGGGCGCUGUACGAGCGCCUGGACUACCACGGCUACACCGCCGCCGUGACGUGUCCGGAUGGCGAAGGCGGACCGCGGAUGUUCGCAGAAGCUAAGCUGGGUCCCGUCGUGCUGAUACCGGCUUCGGCGAACUCCAGCAGGACCCAGUGUCCGCGGGGCCUCGCCCGACGCGUGCUGGAUGAUGGCGACAGCGCGGCCGACGUGAUGCUGGGCGUCCGGCUCUCGGGCGUCCGAUACACGUUUCCUGAAGGCGGCGAAGCGAUUGGCCGGGAAGGAGCCGCCGCGUCGCUCGUCAGUAGCGCGGCCUACAGGGACGUCUGCCUCGCCAUCAGGGACCACGGCUGGUCGGGCUACGGCAGCCCGACGGGCGAGUGCGUGGUGGCGCAUCGAAACCGCACCUGGAUGGCUGCGCUGACGCCCUGGGCGCUGGGCGUCCGCCGCGUGGUGGGACGCUUCGCCAAGACCGGGGUCGUCGUGCUCGACGUGGACGCCGACGACGCGAGCAGCGCGUGCGGGGCGCGGUCCUUCCCGCUCACCGACGCACUUCACAGGCUUCUCUAGCCAGCCCGACUUCCUCGGUCGUUUCAUCUUCGUUUACCGCUACGUUCAUCGUCCUCGAAGCUCCACGGGAGUGCAGACAACAAGAUUUCACUGUUUAUCAGACAGUAUAGCAGUAGUAUCAGUCCAGAUUAAACAAGUAGAAAUAAAAAGAAUAACUGGUCGGUAUCAUCAUUCAUUCAUUUUAUGCGUUUUCCAAGGGCACCAUAAGUGCCACCAUACGUACAGUUGGUCACAUAAGCUUACGGCACACAAAACUUGCGAGAAAGCUCGAAAAAGCUGCGCGCUAAUAUACUGGACUUUAAUGCGGACGUUUAUUGCGAUAGCAAUUAUAUGGACACGCCAGGCGCAUUUCUGCCGUCCGUCGCCGUGAUGUUCCAUAUAAAUGUUCCGUGAGGUUCCUCACUACAGCGUUCCGACAGCGAGAUUCCGCGGGCAUCGAGUGAGAUAUGUGCUCAUGUUUGUUAGUACGCGCGUGGCACCAUGAUUGUUAAUUUAGCUGUAAGCCUAUGUUUACACUGCCGAUAAAACUGCUAUCCUUGUUUCGUAUAGCUGUCUACUAAUUUGCUAUCGCAAUCGAUGCAUCGCCUUUCGGGAGAAAUUGCGACUUUUUUUUCACCUUUCCCGUGAGGCGUGUAGCCGUCAAGCUGAUGCGCUCAUUAGACGUCAAACACAUUGGUGCGGCUAUUUUGAUGCAUUAGAAGAGCGUUGGUCAUUGUAGCUGGGUAAAGCCUGACGUUGAUUAGCCGAUGCUCUGCUUGAAUCUUUAGUCGCCUCAACGACAACUUUG